UGUUCUCUUUAUUGCUCGGACCGGAAACUCCAAUAGUUUCGGAGUAAUGGCGUUCGGAACAGUGGACGAUAACUUCCUGGGAACAGGCGUAGUUGUAGGGUUUGCUAUCAUAGUUCCUGCUUGUCUGCUCUCCUAUAUACUCGGAGCCAAUAUAUCUCUCCUGGAGAUAUUCAUCAACCUAGUCGGAGGUGUGCUGUAUGUUGCUGUAGGAGCUGUUACAAUUCAAACCUACACCUACAGUGGAUACUCAGACCAUGAUUCGACCGGAAUAGCACUAGGAGCCCUGGCUAUCGUUACCGGAUGUAUUUUUCUCGUGGAUUUCCUGUUUGUUGUGAAAGAUACAAAAUUCACCUAGAACAAACCUCUGCUGCAUGCUGUAUGUAAAUACCAAAGAUUUGGAUUUAACAAUAACAUAAGUUGAUCCACAAACUCUUUCAUGAGAUAUAAUAAAAAGUUUAUAGAUUAUAUUUCUACCAGAAAAAUGUCAUCUGAUUUAGAAAUACAAUCAUUCUGAUAUUCAUAAGAAAAUUCCAAAAUUUUACUUCGAUAUUAUAUUUUUGAUAAAGAGGAAAAGAUUGUUAUAUUUGUACAAAGUUACAAUGUAGUUUUACAUUUUUAUUAUUAAAGUUAAAUAAAUAUAAAAAUAAAUAUUACAAAACA